AUGAUUGUCCUAUCUUGGAAUUGUUGUGGCUUGGCUCGAGCUGCGGCAAAGAGAGCUUUACGAGCUUUAAUAAGGGAUAUUGGCCCAGAUGUAGUAUUUUUAUUUGAAACUAAGAUUCCCAUAGAUAGAGUAAGGAAGUUCUUGGUGUCUCUGGGGUUUUAUAACUUGGAUUUUGUUAAUCCCAAAGGGAAGAAAGGUGGGCUUAUAGUUGGGUGGAAAAUUGGAGUUGAUAUGGAGAUCACUUCAAAGUGUAAUAACAUGAUUAAUGGCUUGGUUUUCUUUGAUCCAGUAAAUGAGCCAUGGAUGAUAUCAUUGGUGUAUGGCCCUCCAAAUAGGAAUAAUAGAGGAACAUUUUGGGAUGAUGUUGAUAAGGGAGGCAAGCCAAUUGCAACUCCAUCCAAAGGAGGUCCAAAUGCUGUAAUUGAUAAAAAUGGUCUUAUUGACCUUCAGUUCUCAGCUACUGUUAAACAUGUUCCGGCCUCAUCAUCAGACCAUUCCCCAAUAGUCCUUAAUACUAAUGGAGAACAGGGACAAGGCAAAAAGCCUUUCAAGUUUGUCGAAGCAUGGACUAGAGAUGAAACCAGCAUGUUUGUUGUUGAGAAUGCUUGGAAGAAAGGGUUCAAUGGGACCCCUAUGUUCAAAGUUUGCAAGAAGAUUAAGGAGACGAAGGAAGACUUGCAUAGAUGGAAUAGAGAUUGGUUUGGAAAUAUCCAGACCAAGAUUAAGGAGAAAUGGAAUCAACUUGAUCAAAUCCAGAAGGAAGAGCCCACAUCAGAGAACUUGGAGAAAGAAGCUAAUACAAAUUUAGAGCUUCAUGAGUGGCUGAUAAGAGAGGAAUCAUUAUGGAAACAAAAAUCUCAAACCAAAUGGCUACCAGCAACAGAUUUAAAUACAAAAUUCGUCCAUCUCUCAACAAUUGUUAGGAGAAGGAGGAAUGCAAUUGACUUUCUAAAAAAUCAAUAG